CAGUAGUGUCAAGUUGGCAAAUCGGAAAAUAGGUAUAUGUUAGGUAUCAAUAUUCAAGAUGAGUGAAAAUUGGGGAAUUCUUCUAAUUAUCAAUAAUGGUGGUCUAUGAUUGUUUAAUCCUAAUUCAGUUGAAAAUUGAACAAGUUCUAUAUUCACCAGCGUGAAAAAAUUGUAUUACGAAUGGCUUUUGUGGUUGACAAGACCAGAAUUCCCUUUAAUUUGCAUGAAAUUGAAAAUUACUUUCAAGAAACGAACAUAAAACAUAGUGGUAGGAAAUUAGCUAUGAUUUUAUGAAUGUGAAUGAUGACUUCAAGCUCUCAUGAAAAAUUAUGGCAACUAACAAUGAAACAAAUGGUGGAACAAAUAGCACAAAUGGUACCCUGUCAAGAAAUUUCAGCCUGAAUAUGAUUAGUGGUUCUGGAAACAAUAGAGAUUACGACUCUUUAAAACAGCAAAUGACAAGUAUUGACCACGGCAGUCCUAGGAGAAGAUGUGAACAUGCUCAUACUGUUUCUGACUUGGAUUACUAUCAGCACAGAACAAUGAAUCCCCUUGACCAAGCCAAUAUGGAUUCAGCAGCUAUGCGUACUCGUUUUCUGGAAUUACAAUCAGAAAACCAAAGAUUAGAACAAGAAAAUCAGCGGCUCCGUCAGAAAUUCAAUGAUCAAGAAGUGCUCUAUUUAUCUCAUCCACAAGCUCUCAGUAAAUUGGAACAAGCUCAAGAGGAAACAAAUCGUUUGGUAAAACAGAUAGAAGUGAUAACUCAAGAGAAAGGUAGUCUUAUGCAACAAAUGUCAAACAUGUACAAAGAUCUUCUCAAAUGUAGAGAAGCUCACCAGAAAACCCUUCAACUCAGGGAAGAAGACGAUAAGCAAUUGAAGCUUUUAAAGACUAAAGCUGCCAAAGAUGUAAAACGCCUUAUGGAUGAGCGAAAUGCUACUAUGGCUGAAUACUCUUUAGUAAUGAGUGAAAGGGAUCAAGUACAUAAAGAAAUGGAGAGGUUAACUGAUGACCUAUCCCAAGCUUUGAAGAAAAUUAAACAAUUGGAACAAGAUAAGAAACAGUUACUUGAUGAAAGUAAAUCCUUACGUUAUCAAGCUGAGAGUUUGCGUAGAGAAAUUGCAAGUGCUCUUCACGAAAGGGAUAGGGCAUUAAAAGAAUGUGGAGAGCUACGAAAUAAAUUUGGUGAACCUGGAGAAGGCCACAAUAUGGCUCAGAGUAGGCUGUUUGAUUCUUUGAGUGCAUUAGGUGAGGGUGGAACCAGAAAAGAACAUCAGUCUGAUCAAAGAACAGGACAAAGACAGCGUUUAGAAAACUUAGAUCAAGCAAAUCAGGAGUUAGAAUCUCUUCGUAAAAAUUUGGAUAAAGCUCAGUCUGAGUUAUCUGAAGCUAUUCAGGAAGCGGAAGUUUCUAAGGGUAGAAGAGAUUGGGCUUUCUCAGAAAGGGACAAAAUCGUGCAAGAACGAGAAAGUAUUCGUACUUUAUGUGAUAACAUGAGAAAAGAAAGAGAUAGAGCAGUGUCAGAGUUAGCUGAAUCCUUGAGAGAAUCUGAUGGAUUGAAAAAGCAGAAAAUGGAGUUGCAGAGAGAAGUGACCAUUCUCAGGGAGCUUCUAGAAAAUCAAGAACAACAAACUCAAAAUUCUUGGGAUGAAGAUUUACUUGAAGUUGAUAUGCAAUUGGAUGGUUUGGAUGUGGGGGUAGAACUGAUUGGCGGAAGAGAAGAUCUUGGAGGUGAUGGAGGAGUGUAUGUAGAUUCAGUAGUGCCAUUGUCUCCUGCUGAUGGUAAACUAAGACAAAAUGAUAGAAUUCUUAGAGUUAAUGAUAUGGAUUGCACUUCAGCUUCUAGACGUAUUGUUUUAGAAGCUAUGAGAUCUGGAGUUCCAACUACAAGAAUGUUGAUUAAAAGAAAGAAGCAGUGGAACAGUUUACCAGGUAAUGUUAGUUCUACUGCACAUUUGCCACAUUUUACCCCUUCUCAGACAGGAAGAUGGGUUCAUACCGCUCGACUUGCUCCAGCUUGUCAUGGAUUGACUCUGAAGAAUGGUAUUUACAUUGAAAGAAUUAGUAGAGGUAGUUUGGCAGCUCAAGAUUCUACUUUAGCUGUGGGAGACAGAGUGUUAAAAAUUAAUGAUAAAUCAAUUGAAGAACUCGGUGCUAUUCAUGAGGCUAUGAGAUCUUUGAAUGAUGAUUCUUUGGAUAUUAUAACAGUGACAAUUUUAAAAACUGGUAUAUCCCAUAAUAAUCCUAAUGUCUUCAUGCCUGUUAGAAGAUACAAAAAGGAAAAUCGAAGUUCUCAGACCGAUGAAGGUUUGUAUGAUCACCGGAGAUAUCCCAACAGUAGCAGCAUGAGUGAUUAUAAAAAUAAUAGUAGUGCUUGGAUAAAAGAUAAGUUGGAUACAGUUCUGCGUGGACGACAUCGACAUUUUAAGGAUGAGAAAAAAAAGUACAGAAACAGUUCACCUCAUCCUUUGGAAAAUCAAGAGCAUGAAGAGGCAAUAGCUGAAUUAGAUAUGGUGAUUGAUAGUUAUCAUGGUACAGCAAAAAGACCUAAUCAUCGAAGACAUUCUGCUACUGCCAAAGAGGAAUGCAAAAAUGGUGGUACUUGGCCUAAAGCUAGAGCAGUUGCUUUGUUGAAUUCUGAAACAGCAACGGGUACUGUUGUAGCUAGAAAAAGAGAACGACCUGCUUUGAGUCUUUUAGCCACAAAAGAGGGGGAUUAUUGCUGCCAAGUAGGAGCAGCAGCUAAUGCUGCUAAGCGUAACUCGACACCUUUGCCAAUAUCACUUUUGAGUGAUCGUCAUCAAGAAUUCAAGAGUCUUGAUGGGGGUGGAGCAGUAUCUGGAGAUUCUUUAGAGAAGUUACGAACUUCGAACCAGAGAUUAAGUGUAAAUAUGAAUUCAGAUAACAGCUUGGAUUUUUCUGUGCCGAAAUAUAGUGACCCCAUAGGAAUGGCAUCGCCCUAUUACUCUAGAAUCAAAUCAUCAAUUACAGGAAGUAAAUAUGGAUCGGAUUCCGAACGAGAAGAGACGACAAGCGUUCACAGUAGAGUUCAUAGUCAAUUAUUUGGUGGAUCAAGAAUACCUUACCCUUUUCAUCCACACCCUCACCCACACCUCGAUCAAUCUCGAGAGAGUUUUUCGUUUGAGCCACCCUACAUGCACACUAGUGGUGACCUACAUGAGUCUGCAAUCGGCACUUUUCCCAGAAAACAAAGGGAUCCUCCUCGUUUUCGUGUCCCUUCUAAUCCAAGUGUGACAGGAAGUGUAGAAAGAGGCAGUUCUGAAAGAGGAAGUCCCAUGCCGAUUUUUCACGUUGAGGUACUUCCUGGAGAGCUCAGGAGAGUACAUAUAGAAAAGAGUAAUGAACCGUUAGGAAUUCAAAUAAACUGUUUGCAGGGUGGGGGUAUAUUUGUGUCAACUGUUAGCGAUAAUAGCCUGGCUAGUCAAGUUGGUCUGCAGAUUGGAGAUCAAUUAUUAGAAGUCUGUGGAAUUAAUAUGAGGAAUGCUACAUAUAAUUUAGCUGCUAGUGUACUUAGACAAUGCGGUAAUUCCAUAACCAUGUUAGUGCAGUACAGUCCUGAGAAAUAUCAUGAAGUUGAAGGCACUGGUUCUUGUUCGGGGGAUUCCAGUUGCAACGAAGACGAGGAUGAAAAUGAAACUACACCUUGCAAUUCCCCAAAAGAGAUCAGGAAGAGUGCAAUUGGGCCGGGAGGUCUGGUCAGGAGUACUCACAAUCCCAUUUCUUUACCCAGUAGACAGCCGGUCCUUAGAAACGCGAACGGAAUAGACGAACCUCGAUACCUCUAUAUGGACACGAUGAAGACCUCGAAUCUGGGAAUUUCUCUGGUUGGAGGAAACGCCUCUGGCAUUUUCAUUCAUUCUGUUCAACCGGACUCGGUGGCUUACCGCGCUGGACUGAGGACCGGGGAUCAAAUAUUGGAAUACAAUGGCAACGAUUUGAGGACAGCUACCGCAGAAGAAGCGGCAUACGAGCUUGCCAAACCGGCCGACAAAGUGACUGUGUUGGCUCAGUAUAGGAUUGAUAGAUAUCACGAGAUCAAAGAUAAACCCGGUGAUAGUUUGUACGUGCGUUGUGGAUUCGAUAGAGCAGGAGAUGAGCAUACAGAACCACCUCAGUUACAGUGCAAUAGAGACGACGUCCUCUAUGUUGAUAACACGAUGUUUAAUGGCGUUCCCGGACAAUGGCGAGCAUGGCGUUUAGAUGCAGAUGGACAUAGGCAGCAUUGUGGAGUUGUACCCUCAAAAUACAAAGUUGAAGAAGAGCUUUUACUCAGAAGAAGUGCUGCAGAUCUAGAGAGCAGAUCACCAUCAAAUACUUCUUCUGCUAGGAGAAGCUUUUUCAGGAGGAAGAAACAUCAUCAGAGAGGUAUGGGUCAAGGAAGCAAUGGAUCAUCUAGGGACUCUAAGGAAUUAGCCAGUUUUUCAAGUUUGGCACCGGGAUGGUACUCUGAAGAUUUAUCUCUAUGUUCUUAUCAGAGGGUGGAAAGGUUAGGUAGACCAGAAUUUCGUCCAGUCUUAGUAUUGGGCCCCUUAGCAGAUUGCGUGGUAGAUAAACUUGUCUCUGAUUUCCCUGAUCAGUUCCAAAAGGCACCAUCUGAAACUAGACGCUGUUCACAAGCUUUGCUUGAUAGGGAAUUAGCAGAUGGCCUUCUUGUUGAUUACAAGAGAAGAGGAAGUUUUUUCGAAUGUACUAGUGUAAUGGGUGUUAAGAAUGUCUGUGCCAACAGACGUCAUUGUAUGUUGGAUGUUGCGGUCAGCAGUGUUGAGCGUUUGCACAGAUUGAAUAUUGCUACAGUUGUACUACUGGUGAAAUUUAAAAGUACUAAGCAGAUAAGGGAGUUAAAGGACACUAGGUUCUCUUUGGACAAACUUACAGGAAAAGCAGCCAAGGAGAUGUUCGAUCAUGGACAAAAACUAGAAGCGGAAUAUCGUCAUCUGAUCACGGCAGUUCUAACAGCUGGCGCCAACGUUGCUCACGUCUGUGCUCAAGUCAAAGCCGCUGUUGAUUUGGAACAUUCCAGAAGCCAAUGGGUGCCUUUACAGUAAAUUCAACUUAUGGUAUCAAGUCUUCCAGAUUUUACUAUCAAGCUUUAAUAAAUGAUGACUUUUCUCAUUUAUAUUUAAUAUUAAUUUUAGGAGUCGUUAUCAAUUUCAUCUGAAAAAUAUAGAGGAAAAAUAGCAGUUUCCAUUUCAGAAAAAGCGUUUUUCAACUUGGUGUCUUUUGAUAUUGUUCCCAAUCAUGGGAUAUAUUUUGCCUUGAUUUUGAAAGGAUCCUGGUAAUUUUUCCUCUCAAAGAUUAUUGGUAGAAUCUAUCAAGUGGCAUCAUUAUCUCUAAACAGAAUAGUUUACCUGGAUGGUUUCCCCCUUUAUCCUGAGGUCCUUUUUGAUAUUUUUCACCAUUUUGCAAAUAUAUUGAUUCAUGAAGAAAUUUACAACACUACAUCAAUGAAUUCAACCGAAAAGAGUUCAAGAAAUAUCUCAUUGUUUUUUGAUUAGAUUAAAAAUUUUAAAAUCUUUCGGUAAAAAUGUUUAGAAUAAAUGGCGGGAACUUUGAAUGACAACAUAAUCAGAGGUUGAUAUUUAAAAAUGCAUGAAUGCUUAAUAUAUCACCAAAUAAAUUCUUAACCAACUCAUUUAAAAAUUGAGCUUUUAACGUAUCCAGUCCAAUGUAUUUCAAUCUAAUGAAAUAUUUGUGAUUGCUGUAAAUUUUUCUGAAUUUUUUCGCGCUUAUAUCUAUAUCUUUAUAUGGUUUUAAUACAUUGCACCUUAUGUACAAAUUACCGGUCAAUAGGUGCCCCUACACAGAAUACCUAUACAGAUUUUCUCUUGUUUGUUCUCAGUACUUCCCUGUAAAGAAUACCUUGUAGAAUAUAAAACUGAAGUCACUUCUCCUAGUUUUUUAGUGAUUAUCUAAACUAUUAUGUAACUAUUAAUUCCCUCCCGAUUAUGAACUACCAUCUAAUUAUUUUCUUCCAUUGGAAUGCAAUAAGUAUUUUCAUAUUAGAGAGUUUGUAUUUCAUUUAUGUUAAUAUUAGUGAUAGAAACGACUUUAACAUGCAAAUGCCUGCCUGUAUUAUUUUUCGAUUGUGUAGAUGAUAUUGAUGACUACAUCCUUCCAAAUAACAAUUUCUGAAGAUGUUUUAUCAGAUGAAUUUUUUAUGAUAUACAUAAAUUAUUGCAUCUUUAUUAGAUGAAAUAUUUUGCACAAAAAAAAUGUAUUUGGACAAAUUUUAUUAUAUAAUUACUUCAGUUGAAAUUGUAAAUAAGCAUUAAUUCUUUGUACAUAUAUAUUUUAUCAUCGAAAUUGAUUAUAUUUAUUGUAAAACAAUUUCAUAUAUUGUGAUAUAUCAAAAAAUAAUUUAGGCGCAUUGAAUCAUCCCUUGAAUGUAUUGAUUUCAGAAAAUUUAUUCGAUUAUGCAGGAAAUAACUUUGUCAUAUAAACACCAUAAAAUAAGAACAAGAAUUGAAAUUAGUUUGAAACAAAUGGCAGUAUAUGUAGGUGGGCCACAUUUUCAACAAAAAACUGAACUUUAUACAAUCUUAAAAUUUGUGGCAAAGUAUUGAGCAUUUCAUUGAACUAUUAGCAUACCACGUUUAAUAGCUAGCAAUAUUAAAAUGUUUCAUAUCCUUUUUAAGGCUUUCACUUCCAUUCCUUGUUCUUUCAUUAAAGAAAAAUAUUACUUGAGCGGAAAUGGUGUUUAUGUGUACUAUAUAAACUUUUGGAAUAGGGAAAUAUUGCGCAGAUUUUUCAUUAUCCGUUAAUUAGUCUCCCAUUAAAAUUGUUUCUUUAUUUUUUUUAAAGUAUAUAGUAAUUUAUGAACUGUUAUUUUUGUCAUGAUGGAUUAUUCAAUGAAACAUUAAAAUAUAAUAAUUUUUA